CUAACAUUGCUGCAAAAUCAAGCCUGCCCUUACCAAGUUCGUAGCUUGAAAUCAUCACGGGCUUACUGUUUCUAUAUAAAAAAAUGAAUGGAAAGUACCUUUGCUUUUUGAUUUGGGAACCGGACUUGUUCCGUAUUUGGAUUUACAGCUAAUAGAAAACAAAAUUGAAGGGAAUUAUUCGGUUACUUCCCCCCCGCCCCGCAGUGAGAGCAACAGAUCUUGCUGCUCCCCCCACCUCUUCCUGCGAUUUAAUCAUUUGCAGAUCUUGCCAUGGGGUGCGGACUGAGAAAGCUGGAAGACCCAGAUGAUAGCAGCCCUGGAAAAAUCUUUUCUACGUUGAAGAGACCACAAGUUGAAACAAAGACAGAUUCCGCUUAUGAAUAUGUAUUGCUGGAUUUUACUUUAGAAGCUUCCUCAAAUCCAGAAGUUAUCAAGAUCAGUUCUGUGUUGGAUAUAGCAUCUAAGGUGGACGAAUAUUACAGCAAAGGAUAUGUUGUACGAGCUGUUCACCCUAUUAUACUGCCAAUUGGACAGAGAAGGAAUUUCCCUGCAAGUCACAUGUAUCGAGUGGUACUUUCACGAUUAAAAUUAAGCCAGAAGCAUGCAGCACCCAGAGGACAAAGGCACCCCAGGCUGGUGAUUGAGGAAUGUCCUUUAAUGUAUGAAACACUGACAAAUGAGGUAGUGAAAGAACUAUUAGAAAAGGUUAAUGAAGCUGCUAAAAGAGGAAAGAAGUUUGUGGGAUUUGUAACGCAACAUUUUCCUCAAACUAAAGCCUGUAAUGGAACAAGCACAGAUGGAAGUGCAGAGCUGGAAUCAACACUGGGCAGAAGAAAUAGGGAACAGAGAAGAAAAAAUUCUGAUGAAAACUAUAAAAACUGGAAUGAAGGGACAUUGAUGAGUGGUCACUCAUCUGAGAGUGGGAUAGAGGAGGAAAUGCAAGGAGAAAGCGGUCUGUUACAGGAUGCAGAUUUCCAGUUUGGAAAAGAAGUCAGCCUUGUUAAACCACAAAAAGGAGACGACAAGCUAUAUACAGUCUUCAAUGUUUUUGAUGAUGAUUCUACCUGCUGGACCUAUCAUGAAGGCAUUUUGUCUAUGAAAGUAACAAGAAAGGGGCCAGUUAUUAGUACACUGGAAGCAGACUGGCUAGAAUUAACCACGUUUUACUACAAACAAGGAUUGUCCUUAAUUGAUUCUUUUGUACACUGGGAAACUUCUAAAGGGGACUAUUUGCCCAAAUCUUUAGAAGGAUUAUUUAUCUACGAAGAAGAAGGUGCUGGGGUUCCAGGUUCUAACAGGAAAGGAAAUGAUGCAAUAGUUGUUGAACAAUGGACAGUCAUUGAG